AUAUCCAUUACCAUAUUUAAAAAGAGAAAAGAGAGAUGUAUGAUGGGAGUGCGAGUGAGUGUCACCCUCUGUUACAAGGUGGGAGAGAUGAAGAGUACAAAAACGGAAGCUUUUCUUCAUCAGAAAUGGAGACUAUUUCCAGCAUAUGUGAAGUUAUCGUGCAGCCACUCCCUCUGAGUUCUCUUGAUGUUCAUGAGAACAAAGUUAAAGAAUCUAUUCAGUCGUUCUCUACAGCUUCUGGUUCUCAAUACCCAAUUCCUAAUAAGGUAGCUCACAUACUGGUAACGACCGCUUUUCUUGAAGAAAUGAUGGUGGUGAAAUUGGUCACAACUCUUUUAUCCACCAGGCUAGGCACCCUUUUACUUUCUGGGUUUCUUUGUAUUUCUCAUAAAUGGCCAUAUAUACACAAGUUCUCCGAAAUCUCACUACAUAAGAGGGAGAAGAUUCUGCAGAAAUGGUUCAAGAAUGGGUAUAUAUCGCCUAUCAGACUCGGAUUGUUGUUGAUCAAGUCGAUCUGCCUUUUGGUCUUCUUUUCUCAGGUCGGUGGGAAAACAAAUAAUCCUACAUGGGAAGCCAUCGGCUAUCACGUAGACCUUAAUGAAGAACAACCCAAAAGUAACCCAAAAGAGCGCCCUCUACAGAAAGGAAUGGUGGAGCUUAUGAAUGAAAAGGGUCAUACACUUGUGCAAUCUCUCCGUAAGAAAGGCAUGGAUGUGAGAGAAGACCUUAAAGAAAAAAUCUGCAGAAUAAAAUGUGACGUUGUAAUAGUCGGCUCUGGUUGUGGUGGUGGUGUUGCAGCUGCCAUACUUGCAAAAUCCGGCAAGAAAGUUGUGGUUCUUGAAAAAGGAAACUACUUUUAUAAGACAGAUUAUUCAAAACUCGAAGGACCUUCUCUUGAUCAACUCUAUGAAUCAAAAGGAGUAUUUCCAACCCUUCAAGGGAGUGUGAUGAUCCAGGCAGGAACUGGAGUUGGAGGUGGGUCAGCAAUUAAUUGGUCAGGUUGCAUCAAGACACCACAAUCUGUGCGAAAAGAAUGGGCCGAAGAUUACAACAUUAAGUUAUAUGAGAGCAAUGAGUAUACUUCUGCAAUGAACAAAGUGUGUGAAAGAAUCGGUGUUACUGAAAGAUGUGCAAAAGAAGGAUUCCAAAAUCAAGUUCUUCGUAAAGGGUGUGAGAAUCUUGGUCUGAAAAUCGAUUUUAUCCCACAGAACGCAUCCGAGAAUCAUUACUGUGGUUCUUGUUGUUAUGGUUGCAGAUCAGGAGACAAAAAGGGAACCGAUUCGACUUGGUUGGUUGAUGCGGUGGAUCAUGGCGCUGUGAUCAUAACCGGAUGUAAAGCCAAGAAAUUUAUUUUAGCAAGAAACCCAGAUGGGACGAAAAGAAGACAUAAAUGUUUAGGAGUAAUUGCUGAAGCUUUACAUCAAGAAACCUAUAAAACAUUAAUCAUCGAAGCAAAGGUGACAAUUUCUGCAUGUGGGUCUCUUUUAACGCCACCUUUAAUGAAAUCUAGUGGUCUGAAAAACCCUAAUAUUGGCAAGAAUCUUCACCUUCAUCCUGUUGCAAUGGCAUGGGGAUACUUUCCAGAGAAUGAAACAGAUCUAACAGGCACAAACUACGAAGGAGGGAUACUGACAUCCGUUCAUAAACCGGGGUCAGAUGAGAACUACAUCUUGGAAGUAACUGCACUCGGACCUGGAUCUUUCGCUGGUUUAUGUCCAUGGCUUUCUGGGCAAGACAUAAAGGAAAGAAUGCUGAGAUACUCUCGAACAGCUCAUGUGUUUUCAUUGAUAAGAGACAGUGGACCUGGGAAAGUGAAGUCAGCAGGAAGGAUAAGUUUUAACUUCAGCAAAUAUGACAAAGAAAAUAUGAAGAAAGGGCUGAGGCAGGCAUUAAGGGUGUUAAUUGCAGCUGGGGCUGUUGAAGUGGGUACUCAAAGAAGCGAUGGGCAGAAAUUGAAAUGCAAAGGGACAGGUAAAGAGGAGAUCGAGGAGUUCUUGGAGACAGUAGAUGCAUUACCUGGUCCGAUGUCAAUGGUGGAACGAUGGAGUCUAUAUUGUUCGGCUCAUCAAAUGGGGAGUUGCAGAAUGGGGAAAAGUGAGAAGGAAGGUGCAGUGGAUGAGAAUGGGGAGAGCUGGGAAGCGGAGGGACUUUUUGUUUGUGAUGCGAGUAUUUUACCGACUGCUGUUGGUGUUAAUCCCAUGAUUACCAUCCAAUCGACUGCUUAUUGCCUUGCAGAAAGAAUUGCAAAUGGCUUUAGAUAAAAAGUUGUAUGAAGAAUUCAAGUUUGAUUAUUGGAAGCUUAUUAUAGAAAAUAAUGGUUGUUAUUUCAAUGGUGUGUGAGCUUUAUGUGUGUAUAACAUUACUUGGGUUGUAAACAAAUGGAUAUUCUAUCCUUAGCAAACAAAUGGAUAUUCUAUCCUUAGCAAAGUAAUAAAUUUAUCAAUUCACUA